AUGGCGAUAUCUCUGCCUGAACCUUAUGAUGCUAUUUCUACAACCCCAACCCCUAGCACUACACUCAUCAAAACACUACCUACCCUCCAACCUCCAGCUCUACAACCUUCACACCACCACAUUAAACCCAAACUCCCAGCUCUACACCCUUCACAACAAUACCUACAAUCCCAAACCCCAGCUCUACACCCUUCACAACACCCCCACAACCCCAGUUCCCUAUUCCACACCCUUCACAACAUCCCCUACAACCCCAGUCCCCAGCACUACACCUUCCACAACAUCCCCUACAACCCCAGCCCCCAGCUCUACACUCUUCACAACACCCCCUACAACCCUAACCCCCAGCUCAACACCUUUCACAACAUAUCAACAACUCCAGCCCCCAGCUCUACACUCUUCACAAUACCCCCUAUAACCCCAGCCCCCAGCUCUACACUCUUCACAACAUCUUCAACAACUCCAACCCCCAGCUCUACACCCUUCACAACACCCCACAACCCCAACCCCCAGCUCCACACCCUUCACAACACCCCCUACAACCCCAACCCCCAGCACUACACCCUUCACAACAUCCCCUACAACUCCAACCUCCAGCUCCACACCCGUCACAACACCCUCUACAACUCCAACCCCCAGCUAUACACCUUUCACAACACCCCCUACAACUCCAACCCCCGCUCUACACCCGUCACAACACCCCCUACAACUCCAACCCCAGCUCUACACCCUUCACAACACCCCCUACAACUCCAAUGUCUAUAA